AAGCGGAACGGAUGUGUUCGUCUUCGUUGCUACACGGUAUCAUAAGCUGUACGCACUGGUUUCCGCGUUAUGACCAUUUGCGCGCCGGCGAUAAGGUGAAUACAUUCGUGUGGUGUGGACUGAUUACGUUACGUUAUCAUGUGAUUAGCUCGUGACCCUGACUCCCGAUUGAAACUCCAGCAAUGUCCGCGAGGCCUGCCCCUCCUCCCGCAGCCCCCUCCCUGCGUUUCGGCCAGGUGGUCAUUGGGCCUCCGGGUUCUGGAAAGACCACGUACUGCCGGGGCAUGGCGGAGUUCCUGGGGCUCCUGGGGCGGAAGGUGGUGGUGGUGAACCUGGACCCCGCAAACGAGGGCCUACCGUACCCCUGCGCGGUGGACGUGUCCGAGCUGGUCACCCUGGACGACGUGAUGGACGGGCUGCAGCUGGGGCCUAACGGGGGCCUGCUGUACUGCAUGGAGUACCUGCAGGCCAAUCUGGACUGGCUGCAGGCCAAGCUGCAGCCGCACGCCGAUAGCUACUUUCUGUUCGACUGCCCCGGGCAGGUGGAGCUCUACACCCACCAGAACUCGGUGAAGAACAUCUUUUCCCAACUCGCCCAGUGGAACUUCAGGCUGACGGCAGUGCAUCUUGUCGACUCUCAUUACUGCACGGAUCCGGCCAAGUUCAUCUCCGUUCUGUGCACGUCCCUGUCCACUAUGCUGCAUAUAGAGCUGCCACACGUCAAUGUGCUGUCCAAGAUGGACCUCAUCGAGCAGUACGGCAAGCUGGCUUUUAACCUGGACUACUACACGGAGGUGCUGGACCUGUCCUACCUGCUGGAUCACCUGGCUGCUGACCCCUUCUUCAGGAAGUUCCUCCGUCUCAACGAGAAGCUGGCUGAGGUCAUCCAGGACUACGGCCUGGUCUCCUUCGUUCCGCUCAAUGUGCAGGACAAAGAGAGCAUGAUGCAGGUGAUGCGGGUGGUGGAUAAGGCCAAUGGCUACUGUUUCGGGGACCUGGAGGAGAGGAACAUCCAGGCCCUGAUGUCCGCUGCUGUGGGGGUGGACUUCCACUUCGACGCCACUCUGGGGGUACAGGAGAGGUACGUGGGUGCGAGCGACCAGACCGUGGAGGACGAAGUGAGAGACCUGUAGCUCCACACGGAAGAGCGGGCGGGUGGACGGAUGGACGGGCGGGCGGACGGGCGGCCGGGCUGGCGGAUGGUCCUGGUUGCCUGGAUACUGGUGCUGCCCCUCAGUACUUCGGCGAUAACGCCACGGCCAGUGGGCCUAUUAAUGACAGGAGUGCUCUCUGCCUCCCCCUAGAGGGCCCUUUGGACAGUGCACCAGCUGGAGACCUGGCUGAGCUGUGUGUUGAGGUUUUCGCUGCCCUGUGAUGCGGCUGCAGGUAUAAUUGGGGCUAAACGUGUCGAAGCACGGCGCAGGAAUGUUCCUGAAGCUCCGACGCUGCACUCUGGGUGAGAGUUUUCGCUGCGGAGAGGAUGUUUGUUUCUUAGGGGUGAGAGGAUGUUAGUUAACCCACAGGGGGUUAACUAGAGUCCUGGCUCUUCUAAUAAUAAUAAUUAAUAAUGACUGUAAUAAUAAUAAUCAUUAAAAUAAUCAUAAUAAUAAUA